UAUUAUUGACCCAGAACCUGACUACUACUACUUACAUUCAAUCGCAAGCAAUGUAACUUAUUUAAAAAAAAGACCGUUUAUUUGAUCAAUUAUACAAUAUAAAUAAUUUGAAUAUUAAACCAUCCAAGUACAACAGCAAUCAUUCAAAAAUAAGUUCUUGACCAUCAAGUUCAGGUUCAUUGAUAAUAUAGUGAUGGUUAUGCUACUAUUAUUGCGUCAUUCGUCAGUUACGUCUCGCAUUCGAGGCAGUUAACAACGUGAACUUAAAAUUUUAGAUUAUUAGGUGAAAAAUAAAUGAAGUGACUUAUUAAAUAUAAACUAGCAUUACCCGUGUACGAUGAUAAGACAGAUAACGAAUGAGAAUACUAGAAACACCUAGUCUAACUACGACAAAUACCGAAUUUUCACGAGUCCUAACGAAUUUGAACGAACGGUAAGAAAAGCACGCUCUCUGUUAUAAAACAACGUGAGUAGGAAAUAAGAAGAGAAGGUAAUAGGACGUCGAAGUUAAGAAAACAUUUGACCAGAGGAUAGAUUUAAUGGUAGCGCUAUCCACGUGUUUAUCCAAGGCUGCGGCCUUCAGGGCCGUCAUACUUGGUGCCCCGGCUUCUGGAAAAGGAACCGUUUCUUCCAGAAUUGUUGAACAAUUUAAUGUUAAGCACAUUUCCAGUGGGGACAAAUUACGUUUACACGUGAGCACCGGUACAGAAUUAGGUAAAGAAGUAAAAAAAUAUUUGGAUGGUGGAAGUUUCGUGCCAGACGAAACGAUGAUAUCCUUAAUCGGGAAAGAAAUUGAAACCAUAGGUGAUUGUAAUUGGUUGUUAGACGGAUUCCCGAGAACAUUGACUCAGGCGGAAAUGUUACAAAGAAUUCAACCGGUGAAUCUUGUUCUGAACUUGGAUGUACCUACUUCGGUGAUUUUAGAUCGCGUGAAAAAUAGGUGGAUUCAUUUGCCAAGUGGAAGAGUUUAUAAUUUAGGAUUUAACGAUCCCAAAGUACCUGGUAAAGAUGAUGUGACUGGUGAACAGCUUAUCCAAAGACAGGACGACAAACUGGAGGUCGUUCAUAAACGAUUAGAAGACUAUUCUAUGAAAACCGAACCGGUGAUAAACUUUUAUCGUAAGCUUGGAAUACUUAAGGAUUUUCGAGGUAAAACCACCAAUGAAAUGUGGCCUUCAAUCAAGGAAUGUGUUAAACAAUUUUUAUAAUAUUCCAAAGGAAAAAAACACGCAUGAGAAAAAGAGAAUAAGUGAACUUUUUAGUGAAAUGAUUGACUGAAAAAUAGCCUAGUUACCGUUACGUUUAGAACUUAUUUUUUACAUUCAAUAUAAAAUAUAUACGCACAUUUGUUAAUAUUUGUCAAUGUUUGUAGUACGUGUAUCAUAUUAUACAUAUACAACGAAUUAAUAAUAUUUUCGAUAUCGUAUAUCGUUAAUUUUUAUCAUUAAUCAUUUGAUAAUGAGCAUAGACUGAAAAACGAGAUAAAUUAGGGUCUCGUGACACGCUUAAUGACAUUGCCAAAUUUGAUUUUAAACAAACAAGUACGAAUAGAUAAGUAUUGUCAAUUGCAUCAAAACUAAACGUUCUUUGUUGUCAUUUUUACUUGUAAAUAAAUUGAUAAUAUAAAUAAAUAUAUCAAGAUGCACAUAUAAUA